AUCAUUUUACCAGGUUUUUUACUAUGUUUAACAGCUUCAGAAGUCUUGGAAGGUUCAGAAGUUUCUGUAACCUCAAAGUUGUCUUCUUCUCCAUCACUGUCACUUUCACUACUAACGGGAGGUUGUUCAGGUUUUACGCCACUAGACUUAGUGCAGAAGUGUCUAUAUUUACGAGCUUUCCUUUCAAACAGUUUGAAAUAUUUUUCAAAGUUAACCAUAACACUCAUUUUUGGUGUAAUAUAAAACACUAGAGGAAAACCUUCAUCCUCUUCAGUUUUCUCCCAUGCCACUAGACCAUUAACUAUUAUUUUAUGGCAUUUUAUACCUGGCAACAGUUCGUAUCUAAAAGAUCCAAGUGAGGUAAAAGUAAUAGUAUAAUGAUAUUUGGUCAAUAAAACUUCACUGCCUUCAGAAUCUUGUGUGUAUAGAUAUACGUAAUCUGGAAUCGGAGCAUCAGUUCUUAUCCAUUGCCCUUUAAUUUUUUUAAUUAAUAUAAAUCCACCGCUGUUGGUCAGUAUAUGAAUGUUAGUUUUUUUACUGUGAUUUACCAAUGGAAAAUAUGGAGUUCCACUUGAAUGUUCAAAAAUAAUCUCACCAUCACAUUCUAUCCGUUCAAGAUUUGAAAUAAAUAAAUAUUUUUUUUUAUCUUUAUCAUUAAAUGUAACAUUAUAGUCACCCUCAUUCAUUUCUACAAGCAUUCCCAAAUUAUCUCUUUUA